AACGCGGCAUAAAUCGUUUCUUUCUUGGUCUUGGGUUGGUCCUCAGAGGGGAGAGAGCGCUUAUGGAGUCUGUGGUUACAUAGUAUUUCCUCGGGUAACUCGAUGCGCUGGAAGGGGGAAGGCAGAAGAUCCCUCCUUGCCGACAACGCAUUGAGACUUCCAGAAAUCUGUCUCCUUCUGAAGAAGUUAGAAAAGAGGAAAAUGGCUUCUAAAGUUACAAUCGAUGGACUGCAGGAACUGAUAAAGGAGGCAUUGGACGACUGCCAUAAUAUUUCUUAUCGUCGGGGAGUUCUUUUUUGUCACCAGAAUGGAAUGGUUUUUCUUUGACACUGCAAAAAUGAAACAGACACUGCAUCUCUGUGUGUUAUGGCUGUUGCUGGUAUGGAACACAGGGGCCUCUGACAGGAGACCCCUCAAAAGGACAAUCUUACGACGAACAUCCCUCCAGGGCGGGGUUUUUAACAGAACACAAAAUGUGUUGAACUCUGACAGUAUUGCUCCUUCCGCUGGUGGUAUAAAUGUAUCCCCUAUAAUGAGCCAUUGUGACAGAAUGCAGAGAGAUGAGAAAGCUGAGCCUCCAAGAAGAAGAAAAGGACCACCAAGCAGAAGGAUGAUGCCAAGCAGAAGAAUACCCCAACAACCAAAGAAACCCAUAAACCAGGUUGGCACUGGCACAUCUCAAGACAACAGUAAACCAGUGACAGGGGUGGCGGUUCAGCCUCAGUCCACACCAGGCCGAACCGUCCCCGGCAGCGCAGGCUCUCUCAACGUCCUGGCCACCUUCGCUGGGAAGAACCGGGUCCUGGUCAUCUCCGCCCCACAUGACUCAGACGGUUACUAUCGCCUGAUGAUGACCCUCCUCAAGUCGGACGUCUACUGCCAGAUGGCGGAGCGGCACAUGCAGAUGAUAGUGAUGUUCCACCAGGAGGGAGAGCGGGGCGGGAAGGUGCGGCGGGUCAACGCCAAGGGACAGGUGACGGAGGAGCCCCUGGAUACGGUCCUCAUCCCUAGGCUGAUGAACUUCCUGAAGCUGGAGGAGGGGAAGUUUGGCAUGGUUCUCCUGAGGAAGACCCUCCAGGUGGAGGAGAGGUACCCGUACCCGGUCAGGCUGGAGGCUAUGUACGAGGUGAUGGACCAGACCCACAUGCGCAAGCUGGAGAAGGCCAGGCAGAGGGGCUUCGUGCAGAGGUGCAAGGCGGCCGGUGUUGAGGGCCAGGUGGUUGAGUCUCAGGACCAGGGGGUAUUGACCACGGGGUCAGAGGUCAGAGUGAACUCUACAGUGGAGAGGGGGCCAGUGAGGAAAGGGGUGCAGAGACCAGCUCAAGGACCAAAGGCUGUGACAGUUACCACAACCCGACCAACCACAACCACCACAAAACCAACUAUGACCACAAAGGCAACCACACUUACAACAAAGCCAGCCACAACCACCACAACAAAACCACCACCAACAACAAAAGCAACCACGACCAUAACUACAGCAAAGCCAACCUCAACCACAACCACCACCAGAAAAACAACCACAACACAACCAACAACUACUACAACCACCACAAAAGUAACCUCCACAACAAAACCAACAACCACCACAAAAGUAACCUCCACAACAAAACCAACAACCACCACAAAAGUAACCUCCACAACAAAACCAACAACCACCACAAAAGUAACCUCCACAACAAAACCAACAACCACAACAAAAGCAACCACGACCACCACCACUACAAAACCAACCACCACAACAAAACCAACAACCACAACAACACGACGAACCACAACCACCACAAAACCCACAGUUCUGAAGCCCUUGGACCCCCAGACAACACCACACUGGGACCUAGAGGUCCCCACCACAGACGAAUCCUCCUACAUCCUCUCAGAGACCCACAAAAAUGGCAUAGAUGACGUUACAGAAUCCCACAGAGACCAAUAUGAAGAAGACACAACCGACGAUACCAAACAUGGCCGACAAGUUGUUACCUCUCCAACUCAGCUCACUAACGACAAACCAACUGAAGGUGGGGAAGAGCUGGGCAGUGAACUUAAGGUUGACUCUGAUGCACAGGUGGAAACAGCUUCCCCCAAGAAGAGCAAGGUCAAGCGGCCUGUCAAUGCAGAGAGGAAGAAAAAGGCUGAUAAAUCAGGCAAAAAGAGUAAAGCAGACAAGAAAAGGUUGAAGGCUUCUAAAGACAGUGAUGGUGGCUUCUAUCGUGGCAGGAGACCAGGGAAGAAGGCCGUUAUUAACCAGGAGAAAGAAGCAGACAACAAGAAGCCCCCCACAAAACAGCCAAACCUCUUAGUAUCCUUUUUUGGUCAUUUUGAGAAGAGACGACGUCUACUUGUGAUCAGUACUCCAGACGAGGAGAAUCCUAUGUACACGCAGCAGAGAGAUGAGUAUCUGGAGCAUGUGUGUGAAUUGGGCGUCAGAAAAAUCUCUCUUAUCACCAUCUUUGGCUCUCUGACCAAUGGCACCAUGAAGAUGGACCAUUACCAGGCUGAGAAGGAUCAGCCUCUGAAAGGCAUGAAAGAAGAGGACUUCACAAACCAGCCCCUCAUCAGAGCCUUGAGGAAUGAGUUGGGACUGAUAUUUGACGACUACUAUAUGGUGCUGACCGACUUUGAUAUGAAAGUGAAGCAAGAAUAUGAGGUGCCCAUCGCCAUGACGGCUGUGUUUGACUACGUAGACACAUUCUCUUCUCGCAUCAAGGAGAUGGAACAGCAGAAGAAGCAAGGAGUGACGUGUAAGAAAGAAGACAAAUCCAAAUCCCUGGAGAACUUCCUCUCACGGUUCCGCUGGAGACGCAGGCUGUUUGUGAUCUCGUCCUCUGACGACGAGGAAUGGGCCUAUCAGCAGCAGCUCUACGCCCUGACUAGCCAGGCCUGCAAUCUGGGCCUGCGCCACUUGUCUGUGCUGAAGCUGAUUGGAAAGGACAUGGAGGAUAUGGGCGGGACCCUUGAGCUAUACCCAAUCAACGGGACUGCCACUGUGGAACGUGAGGACGUUUCUCCCUCUCUUGUGCAUGACAUCAGGAACUACUUCCAGAUCAGCCCAGAGUACUUCUCUAUGCUGCUGAUGGGGAAAGAUGGCAACGUCAAGUCCUGGUACCCGUCUCCCAUGUGGUCCAUGUCCAUCAUAUAUGAUCUGGUUGACUCCAUGCAGCUCCGCAGACAGGAGAUGGCUAUCCAGCAGUCCCUUGGCAUGCGCUGUCCCGAGGAUGAGUAUGGGGGCUACGGUCAUGACAGAGACCCGGAUGGUUACCACCGUGGAUAUGGUUACUAAAGGAUUGAGAAUAGGAUGUUCCCCUCAGGAUGUGUUCCAUUUUCUAUUUAGGCCUGGUUGUGGCCUUGUCCCAGGAACUAUAUGAAGCCAUUGUAUGAAUGGCAUUUCAUGAAGGCUUUUCUUUUGCAUUUUGAUAACUGUGACGUUUUUAUAAGAAUUUACUUUUCUAUAAUAGAUUAUGAAAAUGCAACAUACUUUUUCUUCCAUUACAUUUUUGUCUAUUGAAUGUAUGAUUUGUUUCACAGGGAGAAUGGAGAUUUCAGAUUCAAAACAUUUGGCAAUUGCCUUUUAUGUUGUGCAUAUAUUUGUUAUCUUGUAUGUAGAUAUACAGGUAACUGCCAAAAUAAAGGAAAUACUUGAGUAAA